AUGCAUUCUUCCAUAAACCAAACCGUCAGCACCUCUCGGAAUAAAUAUUUCUUUUACAAUUUUCCAUAUAAUCUGUUAAGAGAUAAUAUGGAUUCAGAAUACGACCACCUUUUCAAGAUAUACCUGGUUAUAGAGAAUAUAAACAUCUUAUAUCAUAGAAAAAAAAGUAAAACGGCUAAACAGUAGGAAUAUUUUCAUUCAUUGUGAAUAGGCAUAUUAAUUAUAGGUGACAGCGCUGUUGGGAAAACUUCAGUCCUGCUAAGAUUUGUUGAUGAUAUGUACAGUCCUGAAUUUCAGACUACAAUCGGUGUUGACUUUAAAAUUGCAAAUCUCUCAGUUAAUGGAAAAAGAAUCAAGCUCCAACUAUGAGAUACAGCUGGGCAAGACCGCUUCAGGAAUAUUGUGGCAUCCUAUUAUAGAGGAGCUCAAGGAAUAAUGCUUAUGUACGACAUUACUAAUCCUACAACUUUCCAGAACAUUACACGCUGGCAUGAAGAAGCUCAAGGGUAUUUGCAGAGUUCAGUGCCUAAGCUAUUGAUAGGAAAUAAAGCUGACUUAGCAAAUCAAAGGCAAGUUAAACCAGAGGAAGCUCAGCAUCUUGCAGAAAGGCUUGGGAUGGAUUAUAUGGAAACUUCCGCAAAAAGCGCUCAGAAUGUGAAGCAAGCGUUUGAAAACAUGUCAAAGAAAAUUCUUUCAACAGUCUCCGUUAGCAGACCUACGAAUAAUAACAGCUUUGCUCCGACUUCUCAGAAAGUUACAUCAGGCACGUCUAUUGCGAAAACUGGAGGAUGCUGUGGAUAG